AAAUGCAGUGCAGAACAGAUGAGAGUGGCUGGGGAUUUGUUGAUCAGCUACGACGGGUGUAUACAAGAAGAGUUUUCGAGCAGGUACAGAGGACAGUGACUUCAGCAACAAGGUACCGAAUUGACGAUGAUCUUGUGGGGAGAAAAAACCACUACCUGGUAUCACACACUAGAAGAACAAACAAAAUAUCAUGGGGUCAACAUCAAUUCAAGGUGUGUGCCGAUAUUGAAUGUCAGAAGUUCACGUGCGAAUGUAGGACAUGGGAACACACAGGUUUGUUCUGCGAACAUCUGAUUCGAGCAUUCAUGCAAGCACAGGUGGAGAGUAUACCAGGGAGCUAUAUUCUUAGGAGGUACACCAGGAAUGCAAGGAUGGAACUUCCAUUUGACCGACAUGAUGAGAGAUUGGUUGGACCGGAUGGGACAACACAGAAAUACCGGCAAACAACGCUGCUAGUGGUUGCAAUGGCAAUUGUUCGUGCAGGAAGCAUGUCAAGAUCGGCAUACGACAAGGCAAUGAAAGAUCUGAAAAUUCUAAGAGGACAGAUUGAGAACCUACCAGCAGACAUUGGACAUUCACAAGGAGAAACAAGUACAAUUACCUCAAGACAGGGUUGGGAGCAAACAUAUAGCAGCCAGGCGACAGAUGGCAUGUGCACAGAAGAAAAUCAUGAUGAAAACAUUCACACUACAACCGUAAAUGGAAUUAUGGAGUCAAGAGCACCACAUAUAAUCAAUAUGGUCAACCGUGCACCCCUCCAAAGGCCAAAACCAAGGGACAUAGGGUGGAUGAGGGAGAGGAGCGAACACUAG